AUGGACUCAGACUUGGAGUUGAUAGAGGUAGAAAGAAAGAGGAGCAACCCAGAAGGAGAUCAACAACCCUCAAGCCAACUUCAAAGUCUCCCACGCCACCUCGUCCUUUGCAUACUUUCAAGGCUUCCCGUAUCAUCUUUGGUUCGGCUCAAGUCCGUAUGCAGAGGUUGGCGCAUGUUGGCACAAGAUCCCGAUCUUGUUAAUAUGCAUAGCACAUGCAUAGAUGCAGAGAACAAUCCAUGCCUCAUAUUCCACAGUGAUUGUACCACUAGAGAACGGCUUUACUUUGUAGACUUUCCUGCUUGCAGCCAUGGGGAGGAGAAGGUUAUAAAAAGGUUCCGAGUGCCUUCCCGGAAGGCACUGCGUAAGUUUGAUGUUCUAGGCUCAUCUAAUGGUUUGUUAUGCUUAUCUGCUUCAUUACAUCAGAAUGAUGCAGCACUCUACGUAUGCAAUCCUUUUAUCAGGAACUACGUACGUUUGCCAAACUACCCUACGCAGUAUCCAAAUCAAGAGGUGAUUUUUGGAUUCGGGUUUCAUCCCACAACCAAGGAAUACAAGGUGAUUAAGUUAGUGUACUACAGGAGAGAUGGUACAUUCUACCAAUAUCGACCCGAUGCAUCAGCAUAUAUUACGGAUUCAGAGGUUCAAAUUUUCACUUUGGGUAGCUCCAACUGGAGAAGUUUGGGAAAGGCAAGGGACCGCUAUUUUUCUAAUCAGUCGUUAUCACAGGCGUUGGUUAAUGGAAGACUGCAUUGGGUCACUCUGCCAGAUCUCCAAAGGAUGGAGAUCAUCUCGUUUGACUUGGCAGAUGAGCAAUUCCGGGAGGUCCCAAGUACAACUUUGAAGGGUACUCUUUAUAACCUGGUGGUUCUAGGAGGAUAUCUUUCUGCUGCAGUUUGUUUGAACUCUGGCACAUUGGAGAUAUGGGUAAUGAGAGAGUAUGAUGUGGAGUCGUCUUGGAUUAAGAAAUUAAACAUAAGAGCCCACAUGCCUAAGGGACUUGAGGAAGACUUAACAAGUCAAAUCUUCAAUAAUUCAAGAAUACGUCGGCAUGGAGGGAUCUGGAGGCAUAUGUCGGCAUGGAGCUGGCCCCGAGUUUUAUGCCUUCUGAAGACUGGCGAGAUCUUAAUGGAAUAUAAAAGUGGAGUUCUGGUAUCUUAUGACCCAAAAAGUGGAGAGUUUAAAGACCUAAUGUUUCAGGGAAUACCAAAGUGGUAUCGGACAAUUGUGCAUGCGGGCAGCCUUAAUUGGAUUGAUUGA